GGUGGAACUGUAUGAUUUAUUUAUUCCUGGGGUUGUCAUAUCAUGGCUGAAAAUGACAUAGACAGAAGCCAGACUGAGACACUCCUAAAAAGAGUACAAGAACUAGAGGAGGAGGUGCAAAGACUUAAAAAGGAGCAGGUCAACAAGGACUCAAACAGAAGAGAAGAUUCUUCAGGAAGUAGAAAAGCUAAGCGUGCAUUUGACUUCAGCGCUCAUGGCCAAAGACAUGUAGCUCUAAGGAUAGCCUACCUGGGCUGGAGUUACCAGGGUUUUGCCAGUCAGGAAAACACAAACAAUACCAUUGAAGAGAAGCUGUUUGAGGCAUUAACCAAGACUCGACUUGUAGAAAGUAGACAGACAUCCAAUUAUCACCGGUGUGGGCGAACAGACAAAGGAGUUAGUGCCUUUGGACAGGUGAUAUCUCUUGACCUUCGUUCUCACUUUCUAAUGAACAAGGAUUCAGAGGAUUUUAAUUUAAAAGACAAAGUCAAUGAUACUACUAAAGAGAUCCGUUAUACCCACAUUCUCAAUCGGGUGCUCCCUCCAGACAUCCGCAUACUGGCCUGGGCCCCUGUCGAACCUACCUUCAGUGCUAGGUUCAGUUGUCUUGAGCGGACAUAUCGCUAUUUUUUCCCUCGUGCAGAUUUAGAUAUUGUAAUCAUGAAUUAUGCAGCUCAGAAGUAUGUUGGCACACAUGAUUUCAGGAACUUAUGUAAAAUGGAUGUAGCCAAUGGAGUGAUUAAUUUUCAGAGGACUAUUCUGUCUGCUCAAGUACAGCUAGUGGGUCAGAGCCUGAGUGAGGGGAGAUGGCAAGAACCUUUCCAGUUAUGUCAGUUUGAAGUGACUGGCCAGGCAUUCCUUUACCAUCAAGUCCGCUGUAUGAUGGCUAUCCUCUUUUUGAUUGGCCAAGGGAUGGAGAAACCAGAGAUUAUUGACGAGCUGCUGAACAUUGAGAAAAAUUCUCAGAAACCUCAAUACAGUAUGGCUGUGGAAUUUCCUCUGGUCUUAUAUGACUGUAAGUUUGAAAAUCUCAAGUGGAUUUAUGACCGAGAGGUUCAGGAAUUCAAUGUUACCCACUUACAACAACUAUGGGCUAAUCAUGCUGUUAAAACUCAAAUGUUGUAUAGUAUGCUGCAAGGACUGGAGUCUGUGGCAGUGCCCUGUGAGAAAGGACCAAACAUGGAUGGAGUGAUUGAAUGGAGAAAUGUUAAGCCCUCUAUUAUAAAGCACACCAGUGCCUUUGUAGAAGGAGUGAAAAUGCGCACAUAUAAGCCCUUAAUGGAUCGCCCAAAAUGCCAAGGAUUGGAAUCCCGGAUUGAGCAUUUUGUACGUAGGGGACGUAUUGAGAACCCACGUUUAUUCCAUGAGGAAGAAACAAAAGCCAAAAGGGACUGUAAUGACAUAUUAGAGGAAGAAAGUACUAUUCUGGAGAAACCAACAAAAAGAGUCUGUGUUGAUACAGAAUUUAAAAGGCAUCAUUCAACCAUAGAAAACUCACCAGGAUCUAGGAGGCAACAACCAAGCUAG